AUGAGUUUUGAUAAAGAAGUGAAAGUUAGUCUAUUAUUUUUCGCCAAAGCACGUGAGCUUUCUGGGUUAACUUCAGCCAUUUUUGUUACUGAACAGCAAAUAAAAGUAUCCGAACUCUUGAACAAGAUUAGCAAAAAAUUUAGCCUAGAUCCUAUUAAGGAUAGUUGUGUUAUAGCGAUAAACGAAUCCUACUGUGAAAAUUUAGUGUCCCUACAAGAAGGUGAUGAGGUUGCUAUUAUUCCAGCAAUAAGUGGAGGAUAAAAAGUUAUGGCUAAUUUUAUAUCUAUUACUCGUGAACCCUUGGAUGUCGCAACCAUCACUAAUUCA